ACCUCAUUUUUUGAAUUCCUCGGAGUCCCGCUCCUCCCUCUCUCUCUCUCUAGUCUCUGCGCGAACAAGAGGAAGGAAGAAGACGACGGAAGGGAGGGAGAAUCCAGCGAUGGCGACGAACAUCGGGAUGAUGGACUCGGCUUACUUCGUCGGGAGAUCUGAGAUCCUCGCCUGGAUCAACUCCACCCUCCACCUCAAUCUCUCCAAAGUCGAAGAGGCGUGUUCCGGCGCCGUCCAGUGCCAGCUCAUGGACGCGGUCCACCCCGGGAUGGUGCCGAUGCACAAGGUCAAUUUCGACGCCAAGAGCGAGUACGAGAUGAUCCAGAACUACAAGGUUCUUCAGGACGUCUUCAACAAGCUCAAGAUCACUAAGCAUAUGGAGGUGAACAAGCUCGUGAAAGGCAGGCCGCUUGAUAAUCUGGAAUUCAUGCAGUGGAUGAAGCGGUACUGUGAUUCUGUCAAUGGAGGAGCUAUUCACAGCUAUAAUGCGCUGGAAAGGAGAGAGGCUUCCAAGGGGGGUAAAGAAGCCACCAAGAAAGGCACACAGUCACAACCUUCCAAGGGUUCGGGACCUGCUCCCAGAGUUCAGUCCAACAAUAAUGCUCGACGUCAUGUCGAUCCUUCUGCAAGCUUGACUAAUCAGUCAGCCAAGACCUCCAGAGCAGUUCCUUUUGCAAGUUCAGCAUAUGAUGAACAGAUAACAGAGUUGAAGCUAUCAGUGGAUAGUCUUGAGAAGGAGAGAGAUUUCUACUUUUCAAAACUCAGAGAUAUUGAGAUCUUGUGCCAGUCUCCUGAAAUACAAGACCUUCCUAUUGUGGGAGCAAUACAAAAGAUACUUUAUGCAGCAGAUGAUGAUGCAUCGGUUGUUGCAGAAGCUCAAGCCAUGUUGUCGCGGCACCAGAAAGAAGCAGAGUUGCUGAGUCCCAUUGUUGAGGUUCCUGAAGAAAGAACAAGCUUAGACAGUCAGAAAAGGAAAAGCAUAAUUAACCCAGAAGUUGAUGCUGCUGCUAGUACUUUGUCCUCUCCGAGGCAAAGGAUUUUGGACGCUUCCGAUGUGCGUUCUAGUGGGUCAUCUCUCAUGACUUACUGAUUGCCCCCUUUUUGGGAUGCAUUCCUUGUUCCAUAAGCCUGAAAACUGCUUUUGUUGUGCUUUCCUUCAAUAGAUGUUGAGACAACUCUACCUGUGCAAAAGCCCAUAUAGUUAUAAAGGGUUCUAACGAUAGUGGACAUGGCAUUUCAUAGCCUAUAUUCAUUCGGAGUUUUUGUUACUCCUUUGAGCUCCAGUUGGCUAAUUUGAUCAUGCAGUUUUUACAGA